AUGAAUGUCCGGCCGCCCAUAGAGGCGUCGAACCCGACAGCCGUAUUGUCCGUCGCAUUUAAUAAUGAUAGCAGCUGCUUUGCUGUUGGUCUCGAGUCGGGCAUUUGCAUUUUUCAUACCAAGUCAUGUUUACUAAAAGCAUCUAGAGAUUUCAACGCUGGCAUUGGCCUCGUUCAGAUGAUGGGCAUGACCAACUAUCUCGCUCUCGUUGGCGGUGGCAAAUCCCCCAAGUUUGCCAUGAACAGGGCUGUAAUCUGGGAUGAUAUGAAGGGCAAGGUUGCACUCGAAAUAUCAGCUCUGAGCUCCGUCCGAGGAGUGCAAUUGGGCCGCGAGCGCAUUGUGGUGGUGCUUCAAAACAGCAUCCGCGUCUACUCCUUCUCCAAACCACCAAACCUGCUCCACGUGUACGAAACAGCGGACAACCUGCUAGGACUAUGUUCCCUCUCCAGCAAGACGCUUGCCUUCCCCGGUCGAACCGUCGGCCAGAUCCAGCUCGUUGAACUUUCCACCGGCAAUGUCAGCAUCAUACCGGCACACUCUUCAGCACUCAAAGCCAUUCAAUUAAGCCCAGACGGCGAGUUGCUCGCUACUGCUAGUGAGACAGGAACGCUAAUCCGCGUCUAUUCAACAUCAAACUGCGCCAAAGUGGCAGAGCUUCGACGGGGAAUAGACCCAGCCACCAUCUUUUCUUUAGCCUUCUCGCCAUCCGGAGCCAUGCUCGCCUGUACAUCCGAUAAGUCAACUCUGCACAUUUUUGACAUUCCCAACACAAAAAGACAAUCGGUAAACAGAAGUCAACAUCUGGGCUCUUCUGACGCCGAGCCCGGAAAAUGGGGCAUCCUGGGCAAGCUGCCUCUUAUGCCGCGCGUAUUUUCAGAUGUCUAUUCAUUUACCUCCGCACCAUUCGAAGCCGGCGACGAAACCAUGAUUGGAGGCAUUCCAUUUUCUGAAGGAACAGUACUGGGAACAAUGAGACCUGCAAAGGGCAUUAUCGGCUGGAUUAGUGAAGACAGCCUGGCGGUAGUUGGGGCAGGCAAAGACGCUCGGUGGGAGAAAUUCGUCCUGGUGGAUGGCGAGAAUGGGAAGCGUGUCUGCGUGAGAGAAGGUUGGAAACGAUAUUUGGGAAAUACGUGA